AAUAACUAGAAGGAAGACAACGAAAAAAAGAAGAAAAGGCAAUUCCAGAGGCUGAUGCAACGUGAAGACGCCACGGCGGAUACAAAUUCAAACUUCAAACGGCGAGAGGAGAGGAGAGAGUGGCAGUUGGGAAUUUGGAGUGGACCCGUCGGAGCAGUGCUUCAAGGUUCCGGAAACAUAUUACAUGAUAUAUACCAACACGAAGCACCCGUCCAUCCUGCCAUGCACUCAUAACCGACAACUUUGCGUCGGAAAGAAUGGCGAGACACCGUACGAAUUACGUUCCCUGAAAGAUGGCAAACUAGUACGGAGAGUAGUAACGUUCCGUGCAGAAAAAUCACCAUGCUACAAUGUACCGAACAUCCAACGGGCCCCAAAGAAUGACGGUGCCCAGCUACCAGCUUAUGACUUCAUGAUUGCAUAUGCUGACUGUGGCAACUGCGUCGUCGCGAAGUUACCUACAAUUAGCCCGGACGCCUGUGCAAUGUUCGUGACUAACCCGGACGUCCCUCCGAGUCGCUGCUGUCUCUUUACAUAUGCGAUCUUCUGUGGAAGCACCAAGAUCCCAAGCUACGAAAAGGACAAGUGCGCCAACCUGUAAACCAUUGCAAGUUGUUCAGGCGUGUUUCGCCCGUGUCAAUCUCGAAACUACCAAUUAAAUCUCGUGUCUUCAGAAUGCUAC